GCGUGGAAAAUCGAUGGGGGUCGCGCACCUCCUCUCCAGCAACAAGAAGGACAAAAACGUACGGGUCUCGCGAUUGCGAAGGUGUCUACGAAAGUGCAAAAACAGCGAAUAGAGUGGAAAACGUAAAAAACGUAAGGAAGAACAAUGGCUCUGGACUUCGCCGCCACGUACAAAGUGCUCGUCCUCGGAGACUCGAACGUUGGAAAAACCUGCAUAGUGCAUCGUUUCUGCGACGAGAGAUACUAUGACACCUACAUCUCGACAAUAGGUAUCGACUUCAAACAGAAGAUAAUCAAUCUGGACGGGGUUCCGGUGAAGCUGCAGAUCUGGGACACCGCAGGACAGGAACGUUUCAGGACUCUGACAACCGCAUAUUAUAGGGGCGCAAUGGGAAUUCUGCUGCUCUACGAUGUUCCAAUUUGGAAUCAUUCAAUCACAUCACCUAUUGGCUGCAGAACAUCGAAGAGGUGA